AUGAAGAAGGCCAAUGUGGAGCGUCAUUACAGCUCAAAACAUGCUAAGCUCAGUGAUUUGGGAGGACAAAUGCGUCUGGAUAAAAUCAAUGCUCUUCGGCGGUGUUUAGAAUCACAACAAGCCUCUUUCACAAGACCUCGGUGUGACAGAGACAACGUUAUUCAGACGAGUUAUGCACUGAGUGACCUAAUUGCCAAGAAGCUGAAGCCUCACAUAGAGGGAGAGUUUGUGAAAGAGUGCAUCGUUAAAGCUGCGGAGUUGCUAGCGCCAGACAAACUUCAGUUAUUUCAGAGUGUUAGUUUGUCUCGUAGAACCGUCUCAGAUCGGAUUACUGACUUAGCACAAGAUAUUCAUAAAACACUGAAGGAUUCUGCAAGAGAUUUCCAGUUCUUCUCUGUGGCUUGUGACGAGACAACAGACAUAACAAAUACCGCCCAACUGGCCAUUUUGUUCGUGGAAUAA